AUGCCAAAGAGGACACAGACUAAUCGGCCUCAGCCCAACGCUCAACGCCGACGCCGCGUUUACGCCGCGUGCAGCGAAUGUCGUCGUCGCAGGCGAAAAUGCGACGGCAGCCAGCCCUGCGCCCAGUGCCAGGCCUACGGCUACGCCUGCCUCUACGACGCCGAGAAUUUCUCUUCCCCCGCGCAAAGCUCCUCCGACGCUGCUGCUGCUGCUGCGGUGCAUCCCAGGCAACCGUUGCCGCUCCAGACUAGGCAACGCGGCGGCGGCGGCGGCGGCCAAGACGCGACCCCGACCGCGCCGCAGCAGCCGCCGCCGCCAUCCGCAAUCCUCAUCAGUCGCGAAAGGGGCCGCUUCAUCAGCGCACACAGUGCCGUCGCGCUACCUCUCCUCGUCGGACAGGAGCUCGCCAUCACGCAGCCCCCGCUACGACUGCACUCGUACGCGUGGAACCUGGGCAUCCGGCCCGAGCGCCGCGGCACACCGUCUCCAUCAUCACUCGCCGACUACUUUUCACUAGCCGAGUGCCAGACGCUGUGCGCCGUCUAUUUUGCCGCCGUGCACCCGCUCUUUGCCUUUUUGCACCCAGAGACGUUUACGCGACGGCUGGCGCGGGGAUGGAGUGGUGACGGUGGUGGUGGUGGUGCGGCCGGAGGUGCGGCCGGAGAUGCCACCGUCGGCGGCGCUGCCGUCACCACCACGCUCGAUACCGGCCAGCCCAACUUUGCCGCCGUCGUCGCGCUCGUUGCGGUGCUGGGCUCCGUGUUCUCGCCGACGCCGCACCCGCGCGAGCAGGACAUUAAGCGCCACGCGCUGGCGAUUCUCGAUCGCGGGCUGUCGACCCCCGUGGCGCCCGUCGACAUGGACACGGUCGCGGGCUGGAUCCUGCGGGCGCUGUACAUGCGGCUUACGACGCGGCCAGCUAUUUCGGCCAUGGCGACCCAUGCCGCGAUGCACAUGGCCGAGAUGAUUGGCCUGCAUCGAGAAAUGCAUGACCCAGGGUCGUCAUCCGCCACCGCCGCCGCCGCGUCAACGUCAACGUCAACGUCCAAGGUCUCGUCGACGUCGUCAUUCAGCGACGAGGAGCUCGAGACGCGGCGCCGGUGCUUCUGCGUCGCGCGGUUUCUGAACCUGCUGCUCACGACCGAGUACGGGCUGUCGGCCGUGUCCCCGCGGCACGCCACCUGCCUGGCGCCGGCGCGCGUGCCCGGCGCACACAUUGACGCGCUAUACACCAUGAGCAGCGUGCUGCACGACGCCGAAGCAGCAGCGGCGGCGGCGGCGGCGGCGGCGGCGGCGGCGGACACGCGCGCGCCGAGUAGCCUCGACUCGGACGAGUUUGCCAACUUGUUCCUGCGCCUGCGGGACAUGCCGCGCGACGACGACCCGUCGCGCUCUUUGCCGGCGACGUCUGCCUCUGCCUGCUGCGGCGCUUCUCGGCCGCUUCGCGUCGAGUGGCAAGCCCGCCCGCGCAUCGUCGGCGCGUCCGUCGCGAGCGUCUGCGUGUGCGUGCUCGUCGACGGCGUGGCCCUGCUCGAGCUGCUGCCGGCGGCCAUGGAGCUGCUGCGCGGCAUGGCGGAUCGCUUCGAGUCGCACAUGGCGAGGGAGGCGCUGGCCACGGCGCAGCAGGUCAUUGCGGCGUCGCGCGGCCGCACCGACGCCAAGCUUGCCAUCAAGGACGCGGCGCUAAGUCAUGCGCUGCCGGUGGUCGAUAUCGACUGGGCGAGUUUUGAUACGGGCUUUGAUUUGGGCGAUGUUUGGCCUCCAGUGAUAGACUUUUUCGGGUAG